AUGGCGCUGGUAUCCAAAAGAUCCAAGCUUCUGUGUGCACAUGUGUUUCUUCUUGCAUUGAUUCUCUCUUAUGGAAUCAUUGCAGCUGAAGCAAGAUUGUUGAACACAGCAGAAACAAAUUCAGCUGUUCAAGAACCUAUGCCGCCGCCUAUCGUGCCGCCGCCCAUCCUGCCACCAGAAGUUGAACCUAUACCGCCCGCUUUAUCCGAACCUAUGCCGCCCGCUUUAUCCGAACCUACACCGCCCGUUUUAUCCGAACCUACACCGCCCGUUUUAUCCGAACCUACGCCGCCCGUUUUAUCCGAACCUACGCCGCCCGUUUUAUCCGAACCUACACCGCCCGCUUUAUCCGAUGCUGAUUAUGAGGAACCUCCGCCGGAUGUAACUAUCUUCUAA